AUGGCAGGGAAGACGAGGACGCCGAUCAUCAUCGACACCGAUCCUGGCGUGGACGACACUCUAGCUAUCCUGCUUGCUAUUACAUCCCCUGAGCUCGAAAUCCUUGCAUAUAUCGUUUCAUUCGGGAAUACCGAUGUCCACGCAGCUUAUGACAACAUCUACAAGCUUUACCAGGCGAUAGGGCGCCACAUUGCGCUGCACCCUGAAGAUGCCGUGAGGUUUCCGAAUUUCUCACCUACAGUCCCGCCCCUCCUUGCACUCGGACCAGAAGGACCCUUGGAAGGUGGACGGCACUUUGCUCAAUAUUUCCACGGCCGUGAUGGUUUAUCGAAUAUAAGCGAACGCCACCCUGACUUGAAUGUUGACUUCGGAAGUUCGUCUUUCUCCCAUAAUUUUCACCCAGUGAAAGAAUCAGGCGUCGAGGUGGCCUUGCGUUUAUUGGAGUCACGUCCCGACAGAAGCAUCACAUAUGUGGUCCUGGGUCCGAUGACCAACUUGGCACAACUUGUGCGCCAACACCGCCAAACAGUUGUGGAUAAAAUUGGUCGAGUCAUUGCCAUGGCAGGAGCCUUAGAUGUUCCCGGAAACACUACUUCGGUCGCAGAAUUUAAUGUUUUUGCCGAUCCUUACGCAGCAAAAGAACUUCUAGUACCGACAGAUCCCACCAGUGGUCUCCCGCUUGACAGAGUAGUACUCGCUCCCUUGGAUAUCACUACUAGCCACGAACUUCCCUUCCCGCAUUAUGCCCAGAAGGUAGACCCUGCAUUUAAGUCUACAGCCCAACCGUCGAAUGCAGAUGGUAAAUCACCACUUGUUCACUUCACCAGCUCUUUUUUCGAACGCACGAGGGAAAUCAUGCUCGAGUGGGGAAAGGACGCACUAGAGUUGCAUGACAUUGUCGCCAUUUGGUGCGCGAUCGAGAACCCACCUGAAAUCAAUCCAGUCGGUGGUCUUCCUGGAAUGUCAACUGGAUGGAUUAUAGCCGAGCGAACAUUCGACAUUGAACGGGCCGGAGAACUUACUCGUGGCAUGUUUGUCACUGACCGAAGAGAGGACAAUACUGUAUAUGCACCUGGUGCCAAUCGGGCAGAAGUCCAAGCUCAGCUAGACCUGCGUCAGCUCGGACACGGGCUUCUCGAGUCCACCGCGCUGCCUGCGAGGGUAGAGGUAGAAGACCCGGGACUCGAGCAGAGGCGACAGAAAGGCGUAGCAUGCCUCGUAGAAACGCCGGGGCCAAGCGUCCUUCUUCAACUGCUGACGCGUAGGGUCUGGGGCAUCCAAUGA